GUCAGUGACAAUUAAAAUGACUUUAAGAAUGUUAACUAGAUAGGCUUGUCAGUAGUGUUAACAAUAUUCGAUGCUGUAAGAGCAAUCAAGUGUUGUGGCUGCUUUUAAAAAUCAUAACGACAAAUUAUAUUAAAAGAAAAAUGGCGACUCGUUGGGGUAUUGCUGGCGCUGGAUUAAUUUCUCACGAUUUUGCCACUGCUUUGGGAACUUUAUCAAGCUCAGAACAUCGUGUUAUUGGAGUUGCUGCACGAGAUUUAGGAAGAGCAAAAAAAUUUGCAGAUCUUCACAAAAUAGAAAAAGCUUAUGGAAGUUAUCUGGAAUUGUCACAAGACAAAAAUAUUGAGAUCGUUUACAUUGGCACAUUAAAUCCAUCUCAUCUGGAAAUUGGAAAGAUGAUGUUGAAUGCAGGCAAGCACGUCUUGUGCGAGAAGCCCUUAACUCUAAAUUUAAAGCAAACGUCAGAAUUAAUCAGUCUCGCAAAAAGUAAAGGACUUUUCUUAAUGGAAGCCGUUUGGAGUCGUUGUUUUCCAACUUACAUCGAAGUUAAGAAGGAAUUGGAUUCUGGUUGUAUCGGAAACGUUAAACAAGUAAUUUGUUCAUUCGGUUUUCCUCUCACCAAUAUAGAGAGGCUUAACGCCAAAACAAUGGGUGGCGGUACGAUUCUUGAUUUGGGCGUUUAUACACUGCAAUUAGUGAAUUUUGUAUUUAAUGGUGAGAAGCCGGAAAUUAUUAAAGCAGUCGGUCAUUUAAACAAUGAUGGUGUUGAUGUUACAAUGUCGGCAACACUCAAAUACAGUGGCAAUCGAAAUGCAACAAUUUUAACUAAUUCCGAAGUGAUGCUACCUAAUGAGGCAUUAAUUAUUGGCACCAUGGGAAGUAUUAAAAUACCAAAUUUUUGGUGUCCCACGAAAAUUGAACUGCCACAGCGUGUCAUUGAAAUAAAAUUGCCAAAAGGUGGUCAUAAAUUUAAUUUCAAAAAUAGCGCUGGACUCAGUUUUGAAGCUAAUGAAUGUCGUAAUUGUCUUCUAAAAGGAUUAAAGGAGAGUCCACGAGUCUCUCACGCAGACUCUUUGUUGCUUGCUGAAUUGGAAGAUGAAUUGCGAAAACAACUUGGUGUUUCGUACGAGGAAGAUUAAAAUAAAAAAAAAAUUAUCUGUCUUCUCUCUUGCUUUUUAAGAUUUUACAAAAAAGAAUUGAAAUUUAUCUCUGGGGAUUAAUUUAUUUGACGAAUUAUUAACAUACUUAUUAUUAUAAAUAAUAUUUUGCUCAAAAUCAAGCGCAAAAUGUAUAUUACUGUAGAAAAUAGAAAUUAAAAAUAAAGAACACUAUUUCCA